AUGCCGCCCGCCGCCCCGCGGCCGCCGCUGCCGCUGCUGCUGCUCCCGAUUCUGCUGCUGCCGGCAGCGCGCACCGCCGCGCCCUCGCACAGGCCUACAUUUACAUGUGGAGGAGUUGUAUCUGGAGACUCAGGGUUUAUUGGGAGUGAAGGAUUUCCUGGAGUCUACCCUCCAAACAGCAAAUGUACCUGGAAAAUCACAGUACCAGAAGGAAAAGUGGUGGUUCUUUCAUUUAGAUAUUUAGACCUGGAAAGUGACAACUUGUGCCGAUAUGAUUUUGUGGAUAUAUACAACGGCCAUGCCAACGGGCAGCGCAUCGGCAGGUUCUGUGGUACUGUGAAACCAGGUGCCCUUGUAUCCAACAGCAAUAAAAUGUUGGUGCAGAUGACUUCAGAUGCUAAUACUGCUGGAAGUGGAUUCAUUGCCAAGUUUUCUGCAGCAGAACCACAUGAAAGAGGGGAUCAGUACUGUGGGGGACGACUGGAGAAGCCAUCGGGGUCCUUCCAAACGCCCAACUGGCCCGAGCGAGACUACCCGGCUGGAGUCAGCUGUUCCUGGCACAUCAUCGCCCCAAAGAACCAGCUAAUAGAGUUAAGGUUUGAGAAGUUUGAUGUGGAGAGAGACAACUACUGCAGAUAUGACUACGUCGCAGUGUUUAAUGGUGGGGAAAUCAAUGAUGCUGAAAGAAUUGGGAAGUACUGUGGAGACAGCCCACCCGCGCCUAUUCUGUCUGAGGGAAAUGAGUUGCUCAUUCAGUUUUUGUCUGAUCUAAGCUUAACAGCUGAUGGUUUUAUUGGCCAUUAUAAAUUUAGACCAAAAAAGUUACCCACAACUACAGUUCCACCUUCUACCACAACAGUCCCUGCUACCUCAAUUGUGAAGCCAACAGUUGCCCUUUGCCAGCAAAAAUGUAAGAGAAGCGGAACUCUUGAAAGCAAUUAUUGCUCAAGCAACUUUGUAAUAACUGGAACUGUAAUCACAGCGAUAACAAGGGCUGGCAGUCUGCAUGCAACAAUAUCAAUCAUUAAUGUAUAUAAGGAGGGAAAUCUAGCAAUUCAGCAAGCUGGCAAAAAUAUGAGUGCCAAGAUUAUUGUUGUAUGCAAGCAGUGCCCUCUCAUCAGAAGAGGUUUAAACUACAUCAUCAUGGGCCAGACAGAAGAAGACGGUAGAGGCAAAGUCUUUCCCAACAGCUUUGUAAUGAGUUUUAAAACUAAGAACUCAAAGAUCUUAAAUGCCUUGAAAAACAAAACAUGUUAAAACUACUCUGCAGCUGCAUUCUAUCAUCUCUCUUGAAAAAAUAGUUUUUAUUUAGUUUAAGUCAUGAAAAUACACCUGACAGCCAACAUGACCAUGCUCACCUUUUCUUCUCUCCCAUCCACCUGAGCACAUCCUAGCACAAAGUGGAAUCCAUUACAUGUAACUAUCAAAACAAGAACAGAUCCUCCUGUCUUUAAACUGAAGAUCUGCAGCACUGCCAUCUGAUCUCAAACACACCAAAUUCCAAUUACUUGGAAGCUGUUAAUUUAUAAUUACCCAGUCUAAAGAAGUUAUGUAUAUAAAAUAGUAAUUUAAGUGCGUGCAAUAUUUAUAGUAACUAAUUUUAACUUAGCUUUUUCUCUAAAGUUGUUUUAUUACAUGGAUUUCUGCAUUAUUCUCUGUGCUUAAGAAAAUAUUUUAAAAUUAAAUUAUACAUCAACUAGUUAUUCAUUAUGUAUAAAAGUGAGGCAGGCUAAACAUGGAAACUCUUUUUUGAUCACUGACAUGCUUUUGAUGGCUUGAGUCUUGCAGAGCACAACUGAUGCUACCUGACCCUGCUGAUCAAGGGCCUUGUUUUCCUUCUGCUGAAGGUAUUGAAUUGCUGAUUUGAAUAGAUACUGGAUUUACUCUUCAAAGAAUUAGACAACUGUAAAACAGCUUUUUUAUGCUGAUGACUACAAUCGAGUUAGUAAAUGUCACUAUUAAGAAAUUAGAGAAGAGGAAGGUAGGAGUUAAUUUAGUGGUGUUAAAGUACACAUGCAAAUAGUUAAAUUUCUGUCUCUACUGUGAAAGGACAGACAAUACAGCAAUGCUCAGUCUGGCACCUGUAGUGGUAAUAAUAGCAUAUCUAAUUUAUUCCAUUCUUAUAUACAACAGGUUCAACAAAUAAAUGUUUUAAGAUUAUGGGUAGGAACAGACUGGAAACAGUUCACAAUGUUAUAAUGUUAAAAGAUGGUUGUCAAACAUUUGUCUGUUGUAUAUAGUUAUUUGCUACUCUGAAAGUCUAUAACCAAAGAUGGAAGAAUAGAUACUGAUUAUUCAUGAAGGUUAAUAUGGAGAAACUGAAGAACAUUUCGGUCAAAAGCAGGUAUGAAACAGAUGUUUUUCAAACUGGGUAAAACUUUAAGACUGAUAAAAAUGAUAUAGCUUUAAGUACUUGUUUUCCUCAUACAUAAAUACCAUACCACUGUCCUUUUGUUAAUGGGCAGGAAACGAAUGAAACACAGAGUCUCUACUGGACGUCCUCAUACCUUAUUUCCUAGUGGAAUGUGGAGUUCUCUUCUUCAGUUACUGAUUCUCAAAUGUAAUGCAGGAGAUCCUGCCACAGUGCAACUCCAUAGCACAGCAGUGUCUGUUCUAAAGUUGUAAUGGGUAGCCAGGCAGGAGACAAAAGAAUGAGAGAAAGGCAGGAAGGUACAAAGAGGCUGUGCUGGCAGCUCACAUCCAACAGCUCAGUACUGUAAUGACACUGUAUGGGUUGCUAGGCCUUUGCCUCACUGCCAACCCAAACAGCAUUUCUCUCUGGGAAUAGUACCAAUAUGUUUGCAAAGCAGAUCUAAUUUUGUGAUUUGAGAAUUCUUAAACUUUAAUUUUCCAAGUAUUGAUUCCUAUGCAGAUUAAGGGGUUUUAUGCACGGCGCUCUCCACAUUUUGCAGCAGCAGCCUGGGGAGAAGCAAUGUGGAAAUGAUGCUCAGAACUGUCUUGAACUACAAUAAUCUAUUUUUAUUCAUGCUGACAUGUCCAUCUGUCAUGCAACUUUUCUCAGUGAGGCAGUCUGGCAGCCUGUUUCUCCUUUCCUGAAUGGUAGGUAGGGAAAGCUCCUGCCUUCUCAACACUUCCUUUAGACCAGUUUCUUUUCCAAAUCAAAGCACUGACAGCAGGAGCCCUGCAACAGGGAACAGGAGCCAGGACAGAAAGAAACAUUGAGUGAUUUUGUUUUUCUCAAGUAAGAAUCAGUUACAAAGUUUAUGUAACAAUUAUCACAAGUUUUUAAAAGCAGAUGUAGUAACUGUAAAUCUCAGACAUUUAAAAAUCCAACCUGUUACCAAAAUACUCAAAAUUACUUAACUGCAACACAAUGUUUAAUUUCAACAGUAAUAAUAAUCAAACACUUAUUUUAUCAAGAGCGUGAAUUAAGCUUUAAGGAAUGAAUGAUUUUGACCUUUCUGCUGCAAAUGGAGGUAUCUCCAUUUUUUAUUCAAGGAAAAAAUCAGUUCUAAGCCAAAACAGAUGCUAACAUGAAAGAAAAAUGAACAUUUUUCAGUAGUUUCAAAAACCCCCUAAUCUCUUCAUGACUCACACUAAAUGUUGUACUAAGAAACUGUGAAUCCUGUAUCCCUGUAAACUGCACAUUCUCACAGCUUUUAUUUUUUGACAUCUGUUUACAGAAGUAUCACAGACACCUAAAAUUUUGUCUCUGUGCAUGUCCAAAACUGCUUUGUGAGUGUGCAUACAGGAGAUCUCAGAGCCCCAACACCUGCAAACAUGCACAACAGGCAGGUGACCAAGACAGCUUGAGUAACUCUGCCUGCCAUAGCCAAAGCAAUCAGAAACAGCUACAUCAGCCUGCUGCUUUAGAUACGAGAAGCCACUCAGCUUCCUAAAGGACUGAUCAGCACGAACUGAGUGCCAAGCAGUUCAUAGUGCAACUGGAAUCCAACCUUGUUCAGAACUAGCUCAUUAUUACUUCAUGGCACUGCUUGAAAUCACUUAAAUGAACUUAAGGGUGACAGGACAGUUCCACAAGGAAAAACAGUAACAAGGAAAAAAGGUAGUAGCACAUUAAUUUCAGCUAUCUUCCCUUAACUUUUUAUCUUAACAUGACAAAGAAAUUAUUUCCAGUAUGGCACCUGAUAUAAUGUGUUUCAAAUAUGACUAAUAUUAAUACAGUAAUAUUUUUCAAAGAGCUUUUAUUUGUCUGCUUCCUUUCUUGGAGAUACACAACAUACACAGCACAUAGUUUUUAUGUUGGUGUAUUCAAACAUGAGAUCUGAGUCCAAAUACAAAAUUCAGUGAUCCUCUUUGCUUUGAAUAUAAGAGGUUAGGCUUCUUAAUCACAUGAAAAGCCAGACUUACCAGAAUACCUCUGUACUGCAAGACUUCUGGAAGCAGAGUAUUAACCCUUAAUUCACAUAUACAUAAUUUCAUAGUACAGAAAAUAUAUUACCUUUACAAGAAAGAGUUUUAUAAGAAUACCUUCAGAAAAAGUAAACAUUCUUGUAAGCCUCCACUCAAUCAAUCUCCCAAGAUCAACUGCAGUCAAACCACUACGGCUACCUGUGCCUUCUGCACAUUACACCAUUUUGCAAGAGCACCAUCAUAAAAGUUGUCAACCAAUCCUUUAGCUGUCAUAAAUAUAAUUAUUUCAUCAUUAAAAAUACUGGAAUCUCACAUUUUUCUCAGUUACACUUUGUCAGCUUGAAGUCUAUAUAAACAUAUAAAGCCAUAUAGGACCCUCUAACACAGAAAAUGCUGUAAGCCCUUACUGUCCAUUGUAUGUGAAGUCAAACCACAUGUUCUCACAAAACAUAUUAUUCCUGAUCCUCACACAAAAAAAAGGUUAGCUUGUCAACACUUGUGGUGAAAAAAAAUUUUAAAAACCCAACUCUAAUU